UUACAAGUGCACUCAGUUGUUUGCACCCCUUGCACCCCGCUCGCUUGACAACUGAUACAGUUUUCCUCUUCCUCGAGGCACAAUGAGCUUGCUCUUGCGUCGCAAUUCGAGCCAGCUGCGUCUGCUGCUGGCAUCUGGAAGCAAAAUCACGCGCCUCGCCUCAACUGAUAGCAGCGAUGUAGGUGAACCAUCUGCCCCAGCAGUGCCCCCCACAGCUGUAAAGCAGAGCAAGCCACAGCGACAGGCCCCAGCAGCUGUGCCAGAUGCCGAGAUCAAGAAAUCGGUGUUCAUCUCUCAAUCGAAUGACAUCUUCACCAACCUGGCCCUGGAGGAUUGGCUGUACAAGAACUUUGACUUUGGCCACCAUCACGUCCUACUGCUGUGGGCCAACGAUCCCUGUGUGGUCAUUGGUCGCCACCAGAAUCCGUUUACCGAAGCGAACGUCUCCAAGCUGAUGGAGCGCGGUAUUACCCUGGCACGGCGCAACAGCGGAGGCGGAGCCGUUUACCACGAUCGGGGCAAUCUCAAUUGCACCUUCUUCACGCCCAGAGAGCGCUACGAUCGCAAAUACAAUUUGAAUAUUGUCACUAGGGCGUUGUUCCGCGAGUGGGCCAUCAAGGCGGAGAUCAAUGAGCGUGACGACAUCGUGAUAAGGAACAAGAAGAUUUCAGGAACAGCCGCCAAGCUGGGGCGCCCGAACUCCUAUCACCACUGCACCAUUCUGGCCAGCGCCAACAAGCUGCAUGUGGGGGAAUCCCUGGUCAAGGAGCCAGCCAACUACAUCAGUCGUGCCACAGCCUCAGUGCCUUCGCCCAUACGCAAUCUGGUGGAUGUGAAUCCGAAUGUGAACGUCUCGCAGCUGCUCUCCGCGGUGGGAUACGAAUAUCUUCGGACGGUGGCGACCUCUUUGGAGGAUGGCGGAAGCGCCCAGACAAUGCAGCAACGCGGCUUCCAACUGAUCAAUCCCACGGAGAAAUGGUUCCCUGGCAUCGAAGAGCUGCGGUCCAACUAUAGCUCUUGGGAUUGGGUCAUUGGAAAGACACCGAAGUUCACCGUCGAAAAGGAUCUCGAACUGAAGGGCGACGAACAGGGCAUGAUGCUCAAGCUGACUGUAGAGGUGGAGGCAGGCUUGAUGAAAGAAAUCGGCAUUAAGCUGCCACACAGCGAGGAGACUGUGCCCGUGGUGACGCCCCUCCAGGGCAAGGCCUAUAACGAGCAGAACCUGAAUGGCAUCAUGGGUGCCCUGAAGCUUGUCUCCGCAUCCAAUGUCAAGCAGGCAAUGAACGGCUCCGGAUGAUUGGAGCUUUCUUAGCGGCAAACAAAUAUUAAAACCUUUAUACAAAUAGUCCAACUAAUCCGCCUAACGUAGAUAUAGUGUUUUCAUGAAACCAUAUAUUACUAACAUAGUUUACAAUUAAUUAACAAAACCAACUAAACCAACUAACUUUUGUUAUCCACGUUAUUUUUUUAUAAAAACAACUGCAAUAAAAUGUUGAAACAUUUCUA